CUGCGCCCCUCCUUUGCGCAAAUCACAACUUCAACAACUCAUUAAAAAAAAAAAGAAAAAAGAAAAAAAAAAGGGCGUCCCCGUGCGUGAACAUCUUACAACUUACAUCAUUCCUCUUGUAUUUGAACUCAAGAAAAUAAGCAACCGGGACCAAGUAGCCUUUAUAAAGACGUUGUUGUUGUUGUUGGGGUUUUUUUUGUUUUUUUUUUACCUGUUGCUUGCCAGCUUGACAAUAGCUCCACGCAAAGAUGAGAAGGAACGAAAUUAAUAUUUUUCACCUGAAUGAGAGGUAUUGAUUGAAGAACACUGAAAAUGAUAACUUAUACUUUUUAUUGCUUUCAAGUGUGUUCUGGGGAUUCGGAGGAAAACUACAGAUUUCGAAAUUAUCCUGUUGGCAGUUGCAAUUCGCGUUAAAAAGAAAAAAAAACUUUUACUACUGUACAUCAACGGUGGGAAAGUACAUAAUAUUAAAACAUUUUUCUCGAAUCAAACACUUUAGCAAGUGACAUAAUUCUCCCUAAUGACUCGUAAUUGCCCAUUAUCACUCUCAUCUAUUUAUUUUCUUUUUCUAUUAUUAUCUCGAGUUUGGAAUAGUGAUAUGAUAUCGAUAUUUAGCGAGUUAUUGUUUUUCGUCCAGCAUUCAUUCAAUUGUAUUUACUAAGUUAUCCUGCUGCAUUGUCAUGAAAUGCUAUUAUAAACGCCAACGUUUGAUUGCUUUUUUUUGUUGGAGGAACUCCUGUCCUACGUUACAUUCCGGUUCAGUAGGUGGCAGUGUGACACCUUUAAGAAAAUUGCAAAUCCUUCCAAAGAAGAGCUGAUGUUGUUUGCCGUGUCCAUGGCAACGUAAUCUCGCGGUAGGCGUUUUGACUUUCCAACGUUAGCGUAACGUCAGAACUCAUGGUUGCGUGUAGGAACGGCGGUUAACAAUGACUUCGAAUCCUACUUUCCUUUCACUUAAAUGAAUUUCCUUUGUAUGUUCUUAACUUUAACGAAGCAAACAACGCGGGCGUUCAGCCUACUCGCGUUGAAGAUGAAGAGAAAUUAAAUGCAAUUCAACAUCCCUGAUGACGUACGGGGUAAAAAAAAAAAAAGAAAAAAAGAACAACAAACAAAAAAACAUGGCCUCCCACCCACAGGAGUCUUGACUAAGAGUUAGCCCACCUCUGCCACGGAAAAGAAAUGUCGCAAAGGACAUACAACGAACUGUGGGCCGAGGCCCAGGUAGAGUUGAGUCGUCUGCUAGUCGAGGAGCUUCCCGCCCAACCUGUUAAGCCAGAAAAGGACCGAGCGGUGUUCUUCCAGAGACUGGCCAUGCUGUACGUGCGCUAUCUGCAGAUCCUCAGACAGCUAGAGAAGGUCUACGACCAGGUGGUGCACCCGCAGAAGAGACGGCUUAUUCUGAACACCCUUGAGGGUGUGAUGGGCCGAGUCUUAGAGCUGAAGAAUGAAAUGGUGGAAAAAGAGUUCUCUGAGUACCAUUACAUGGAUGAUGUCCUACAUGACCUGAAGCUCACACCUGCCGACCUCGAGGUUCCGAUCCCUCAGUAUUUUUUGAGUGAACGCAGCAAAGGCAUCCGAGAGCGAACGUCAAUGCUCACAAAUAUCCUUCAAACGAUGGAGACUACAGUAACGGAAAAACGUGUGACAAAGAACAUGAGUCAAGACGAGGCCAUCAGAAUCAUUCAAGUGGCAGAGAGAGCGCGCCAAGGCCGUCUGAGGGCAGCCUUGAAUGAAGCCAGCAGAAGGUUGAGCAAGAUACCCGUGACCGAGGCCCCGAAGCCCGCUGACAUGGACCGAGCUGCAGUCCGCAUUCAGAAGGUUUGGAGGGGCUAUGUCGAGAGGAAGAAGGCAAAGGCUGCUCGAAUUGAAGAUAUGAUUUUCCUGGGAAUGGCCCCGCAUCCAAAAUACCAGGCGCCGUGCGAGGCCAUAGUCACUGCCCACGCAAAUGAAAGAGCCACACGUAACAAGCAGAAGGAACAUGAGGACGACUACCAAAAGUCCGUGACGGCAAUCGCAAACCACCUCCUAGAGGUGGAGGGUCACGACUUAGGCAACAACAUGAAAGAACAAAUCAGGCAGUGGUUUAUUGAAUGCCGCAAUCUAACAGGGGUUUUCCCAGACUUUCCAGACGACGAUGAGGGAGGCUCGGCCAUCCUUUUUGCUGAAAAGGAUUAUCUGCAGUUACUGGAAGAAAUGGCUGAAAACGAAGACGAUGGCAAAAAUAAAAAAGGAAAGCCAGAGGAGAAAAAAGAUGCUAAAAAGUCCAAGGGGAAGGAUGCGGAAGAAGAGGAGGGCUUAGUGAUGCUACCUUCGGCUUUUUUGGCAGACUUGGAAAUGUACAACAAAACCUUUGUUGAUUUCUGGGAAACCCGCACUGAGUCUCGAAAUUUCAACCAGCGGCACGAGGUGGAGCUGAUCAAGGAGGAGAAGAGGGUGGACAUUGAGUCAGAGAUUCGAGUGAAGGUGGAUGAGCAAAUGAGACAGGAACUGGCGGACUGGAGACUUGCUGUGGAAAAAACCCCAGCCAAAGUUUAUGCGAAGAAAAAAGCAGGCAAGGGUGAUAAGAAGAAGAAAAAGGGGGAGAAAGAUUUGACAGCUGAUAGGACUCUUGAGUCUCUGUGUCAGGAGAUGGUGGAGGAGGGUUUGUUGAAGCAGGCAAACACUGUGCGGUUGCACGACUACCUGGGUGACUUCAACUAUCUCGGAACCACGCUGAGACAGAAUGACAUUGAACCCAUGCCAUCAAUGGCAGAUGUGCGGCAAAUCAUAUCUCUUUAUGGAAUUCUACCUUUAGGCUCUCAUGCGGUCCAUGAGAAGGCCCCCCUUACCAAGGCCAUUCUACUAGCGGGGCCGGCGGGGGUUGGUAAAAAGAUGUUGGUCCAUACAAUCUGCCAGGAGACUGGUGCCACCCUGUUUGACCUGUCUCCUCUCAAUAUUGCUGGAAAGUAUCCAGGCAAGAGUGGCCUCACUAUGAUGCUCCAUUUGGUCUUUAAGGUCGCAAGACUGAUGCAGCCUUCAGUGAUAUGGGUCGAUGGCGCAGAGAAAAUGUUCUACAAGAAAGUUCCCAAGGAAGAAAGAGCAUUAGAACCUAAACGCUUGAAGAAAGAUUUGCCAAAAUCACUCAAGCUGAUCAAAGAGGAGGAUCGUGUUCUCAUAAUAGGAACAAGUAAAGAUCCCAUUAGUGCGGAUGUCAAGUCGCUGUGUAAGAUGUACACAAAAGUCAUCCUCAUCCCAAGACCCGACUAUGGAUCCAGAUAUGUUUUGUGGAAGCAACUGAUCCAAAAACAUGGAGGGGAGAUAACUGCAGCCUUGGACCUCAGCUCCCUGUCAAAGAUUUCAGAUGGCUACACCGCAGGUCACAUGAUCCAGGCAAUUCAGCAAGUUAUUACCAAGCGACGAAUCCUGCUGCAAGAAAAGAGGCCUUUGACUGCUGUUGAGUUUGUGGCCCCAUUAGCCAAGUUCAGCCCUGUGUUUCAGGACGAAGAAGAGGCCUUAAAAAAAUGGUAUGCAAAGACUCCCUUGGGGAAGAAGCGGAGUAAGGCUGCUGCAGAAAGGGAAGAGGCACAGCAGGCUCAAGCUAAAGGAAAAGGUGCACCAAAGAAAGGAAAGAAAUAGUGUGCAUUGUCAAGAAAAUGCUAAUUUUAUAUGUAAUCUAGGUAUCAUUUUACAUUAAAGAAAAAAAAAAAAAAAAAAA